CUUCACCCCUUGGCCGAAAUGUUGAUUUAAGAAUGGAUAGGUGUUGUUCUCUUUUACCCGUUGACGAAACGCCGACUGCUAUGAAAUCCAAUUCACCAUCACCGCAUAGCGCCCAAAAGAAUGUGUGCCCACCCAGUCCAACCAUGUCUCCGGCACAGGCAAUAGCGGAGGCAUGGAAACGGGAGUCUUUAGAGAGCCGUGAAAAGUGGAUGAGGGUGGAUGCCAAUGUGGGGGCGCGAUACGAUUCUCGGCGGACCCAUGGAGGAAAAACAAAGAUGUAAAUGACUUGCUUCAAUUUUUAUUCUUUCGCCUUCUUGAAGAAAAAGCUAACGGUUAGGAUCGUCGGGCGAUUUGAAUGGACUGAACUUCGUCUACACUGUAUUUAUUGCGUCAAAAGGCCGUUGUAUCGACAAAGAAACGGACUUACUUGUAGCAUCUUGAAAUCAUUUGUAUGCAUUAAUCUACGUUGGCCUCACCAUCGCUUUGAUCGUAGUC